UAACUAUAUUAUAUUAAAAAUUUGAUAUUUAUAUAUAUUUUUUCACAUCCAGUUUUAUGUCUAAGUUAACUAUAAUAACCUUGUUUAGGACAGAGCUGAAUGUUAAGGAAGUUAACUAAAACUGAAAUCACUGUGGCUUCUCUAGGAACUUCCUUCAACUGUAGUUAAAGUUUAAUGACCAUAAUCUUACAACCAAGUGACCGAAGGACAAUGGAGCCAAUUACAAGAAGUAAUUAACUCAGUCAAACCACAUCACAAACAACAGCAUUUCUGCAACAAUGUUAUUAUAGUCGGUUGUAUUUAUGGAAAACAUUUUUUAUUUAGAUACAUGUACAGUGCAAAAGUCUUGAACCACCUUCUUCUAAAGAGCCAGAAUUUCUUGCUAAAGCAACACCUUUGAAUUCUUAAUUUGGUGUCCAAGUCUAAUGAAGUUGUCAAAGGGAAUAGUUUUAUUGCUGUGCACUUGCUGACCCCGAUGUUACCCCAGAUCAUAUCAGCUUUCUGUUAGCUGAGCUUUCUGAUGUUGCGCUCUAUUGCUCUAUAUCUUAGUAGUUAUAGCCUUUCAUUUCCUGGAGAUGUGUUUUGGAUCUUUGUCACAAUGACAAACAAACUGAGCUCAGACCAUGAUGUUAUGUUAGCUCUGCUGGGUAAGCAGUGUUGCCAUUAAUUUUGAACGAAUCUCCAACAGCUGUCAACAGCAAAGUCUUGCAAAGAUGCAGCAAUUUGAACCAAAAAUCUCAAAUUUACACUUAUGAGAACAAAAUGCAGUUUUUCAUUGGUUCAUUCAGGGUAUUUCUUUGUCCUAUUGUGUCUUUUUAUUACUUGUUGGAAUUGGUAACCCAUAGGAAUCAACCCUUAAGGCCCAGUUUACGCAGUCUCAUCCGAAUAUUUGGUGUUAAUGUGUGUCCGCUACUUGAACUCUGGGAAGUAAUGUGUCUCUAAUGUGAGAUGCUGGUAACUCUAAUGAACUUAUCCCCUGUGGCAGACAUAACUCGUUGUCUUUCUCUUCCUGGGAUUGUCCCCAUGAGGAUUAGUUUCAUCAAGGUGUUAGUUGGCUUUUGCAGCUGAACUUGGGAAAAAAAACCCUCCAAACUUCUUGAAAUUUAAUUGAACUUUAUAUCUUAAAGUUAUAAUGGAAUUUGAAUUUUUCAGAUUAGUGGUUCUUGCUACAGUAGCUGAAUAUUGUUGUUGAAGCGAACAUGUUUAUGUUUUAAUGGUAAAAUCUGUACAGAAUCUAUAAUCCUAAAAUUCAAAUAGGGCUGUUUUUUAAGGCCCAAUUAUAAUUGGUGAAUAAAAAUAUAGAAAAACCACAAUUAUGAUUUAUAUCAAACCAAGUUGGGUGCAAACUGGAAAAAAAGUAGCGAAGGCUUACAUUUGAGAAGCUGGAACCAGGGAAAUUGCUUCAGUGAUUCACUAUCAAACUAGAGGGCAUCAUCCUUGGUCUGAGACAGCUUAAUCAAGCAAUAUCACACAAGAGUGAGUGCUGUUUAUUGAAUAUUAGUACAGCUCUGAAUGGUUUGCAGGGACAAGGCCACAGCCAUGCCGAUAUUCUCUAAAGCACUAUGGCCUUGAGUGAGAUAUUGCUAUCUCAGGUAUAAAAUUAAUUUAAAGUAAUAAAUGGCAAGAGAUUGUGCUUUUAAAAAAAAAAAUAUAUAUAUAGUGUGGUUUAUUUUUUGAUGUAUUCGCUAUUAAAAUGGACUGCUGCCAGAAAAUACAUAAACACAUUAACUUGUCGGCUCCUUUGUGUAGGCAUUUUUUUUUAUAGUGGAACUUUAUUUCCACUCUUUGCCUCAAGUUCCAUGUUACAUGAUUUUGCUAUGGCACUGAUUCUCAGGUUAUGGUUGGUGUAAGAAGUAAGUGUCUUUGCAAAUUCUGUGUAACAUCUGUCACAGCUGGGCAGAGAAUAUUUCAGAGCCUUUGUGUUGCAGACAGCUGGCUUUAAAGCAGCCACAAUUUAGCUUUACAGUCAAAUAUAGGCGAACAACUAUAUUUAGCAACUUUGAAUGCAUGUGAAAUGUGUAUUGUCCAAUACAAAUCAGUCAAAUUACUUAGUUAAAAUGAUUAUAAAAACAUUGAAGUGACGCUUACCCUUUAAAGGCCAAUCCACAGCCUUUAUUUGUUGGCUUUAGAUCGCUGUUGUCCGGUAUUUCUGAUUCUUAGGUAACAUAUUUCAGAGAACAAUGACUCCUGAUGGGAAGUAAGAAAUGGUUCCAGUUGAAAGCUUGUACUAAAUGGUCCAUGGAAUCACAUGGCACACACCUUAUCAUUUCCUUAUAUCAGUGCUGGCAUAUUUUUGUGACAGUGAUAAUGAAAUUGUUACACUGACUCUGUGGAAUUCUGCUUAUUUCCUCUGAUAAAAUUUGUUUAGGAAUCAAUAAAAGACCCAGUUAAGAAAGUGGCCUAUAAGGAUAAUCAAUGAUGGCAGAGGUGUCAGUACAGUGUGUAGCAGUAUUUGGGUUAAGGCCAAAAGCCACUGUUUAUUUACACCAUUUAUUGCUACAGGGUUUAUCUUCGAUGGUGCUAGAAGCAACAGUCGCCAUUAAAUUAAAUUAAUACCAAGUGAAACUGACAGUUUUAAAUUAUGAACUUCUCUAAAUGAUGAUUUUUUUCAGGUUGUUUGUUUGUUGAUAAUCUUGUGCGGCCUACUGUGUAUGUCUAAAUAAUUUCUAUUUGUAGUGUUUGUUCAAACUGUUAUAGUUACUUUGCAGACACAUCCCAGCCUUAUUUUCUCUGUUUUAUCAUCUUUAGACUCUUUUGACCUGUUGGUCUGAUGUGCUGUUUGGGAAUUUUUAGACUUGUGAAUACUUGAUCAAUCUCCAGUAAGAAGAUAAUGUGGAAGCAUUUAUAGCCGUAAGGGCAGACAUAAGACAGACAUGCAGACUGUUAUCAUUAAUCAGAGCCGUUCCUUUUUGUUCCAUACCCCUCUAUACCGAGGCCUGCUUGCCUUUUGCUUCCUUUGGCCAGUGGAACUAUGUUGCACAUGACUCCUGAGAGUAUGACUGGUAUUCAUGUCACCCUCUUUGGCCUUGUAACUAUGACAGACAAAAUGUUCAGCAGCAGUUAUAUAACUGCCUCUACUGACGUCAUCGGCCUUGCUGGUGUCACUGAACUCUUGCUCUAAAGCACACAGUGAUUGUCCUCAGUAGCUGCAGGCUCAGAGCCAUUACGCCAUCAUUAAGACAUUUGGCUUUUUCAAAUCUAUUUAUUCCUUUUAUAAAAAGAGAAAGCUUUCCUUUUUCUGCCACUGAGACCAGUCACAUUAUGUGAAUUUGCUUCCUCUCUUUUUAUUUGUGGCAUGAAAUGACAUUACCUGAAACUACCGUGUGUGAGAGCUCCUCAGUGACACUGCACUAAUACUGACCUUUCAGAAAGGUUUUUAUGGUACUUCAUCAUUCAAAGGAGUGAGGAUCUACAUAAAUGAGGUUCUUUUAGAAGCUGUUAUCAUCAUCUGAGUGAUACACAGUGUGCUUUGUCUACAAAUAAAUGCCCCCCCCCCCACCCGUGUGUCUCUAAAAUAUAGCUGAUUCACAGGAUGUAACAUUUAUUCUUGCUUCACUACAAAAGGUUACGUUUAAGAAUCGGGUGUGGCCACACAUUGUGUGUCAGAUGAAGAAGAAAAAUGGGCCUCGCAGUGUGUGUGUGACCUAGAUCUAGUGAUUCAGAUCUCCAGUUGAGGGUGUUGGCUGCAUGUGCAUUACAACGUUGUUUGCUUUAGUGGAGUCACAACAAGAUCGUGUCAGGUCUGAUGGUGAAAUGAAAAGGGCCCUCCCACACACAUUUCUUUCUUCCUUUAAUGUUAAGUAAGCCAUAUGUAAUCUGUGAUGUCAUGGGGCAAAACCUGAACAUGUCCACUGAUGGCGAACUGGAGAGUUCACAUAGUGCUGUGAUACUUGAAUUUCAUUCUUAGUCUGGGUCCAGCCAAUGAGUUCAUUACACUUUCCUACUAAAACUUUCCAGUUUCUGAGUUGUUGUUUUUUUUUUUUUUUAAUUUAAGUGUUUAAACUUUUUUACUGAUUUUCACUCACUGUCCACUUUAUUAGGUACAUCGUGCUAGUACUGGGUUGAACUCCCUUUCCCAUGCAGCACCACCUUAAUUCUUCAUGGCACAGAUAAAACAAGGUGAACUCAAUGUCACGUUUAAGAAGUCAGUUUGAGAUGAUUUGAGUUUUGAGAGAUUAUCCCGUAGAAAGCCAUCAUCAGGGUACACUGUGGCCAUAAGUGGUUGGACAAUAUUCAUGACCUCAUCCAAGCUUUCAUGUUGUUUUCACUCCAAACUGACCCGACCGUCUAAAUGUUGCAAUGCAAGACUCAUCAGACCAGGCAACAUUUUUCCAGUCUUCUCCCAGAACAGUGGAAAGUAGCAUAAGAAAGGGCACAAGGCAUUUUUGCCCAGAGUAAUGAAACACCUCUUCGUUACACCCAGAAAAUUUCCCCUCACUGGAAAUCUCCUUUCUUUCCUUUUCCGAUGCUCGAUUUGAACUUCAGCAGGUCGUCUUGACCAUGUCUACGUGUAAAAAUGUGAUUGGCCGAUUACAUUUUUUCCAUUAACGAGUAGUUGAACAGGUGUACCUAAAAGAGUAGCUGGUGAGUGCACGCGCAUCUUAAGAGAAACACAGAAACAUAUGAUAAAAUUGAUGGAAAUCUACAGGAAGUUCUAUUCCACCAUCAAGAGGAAGCCAAAAAGACUUUUUUUCAGUUUUUUUUACAGAGCUGGCAGUGAUUUUAGGUUUCUUGAAGGACACUUCAUGAUUCAUGAAUUAUUAUCACAUUAAAGCAUGAGUAAUGUGCACACAUAGUUCCACUCAGAUGCAAUGGCCUCUUUAAGCUUAGCUGUCUGAAAGAGAGAAAACCAGUUGUGUUCCUUUAUAUAUUUGCACAUAUACACUGUAACAAAGGUUUAUGCUCACAAUAAACAUGGUGGAAUUUCAGUUAUUAAAAUCAAUGUAGGUACAAGAAAUCCCUUUAAGCCAAAGGUUCUUUUGUUUGCGAGGUGCAGCCAGUCUGGAGAAAGUUAACAAAAAGAGAGGGUAAACAAAGCUAAAGUAGCUGCACCUGAACUGCGUGGCAUGCACAGCUACUCCAAGAAGUCCAAGAAGACAAAUGUAGUGUAGGAAAGAAGCAUUACAGGUAAAAACAUAAAAAUAUGAAAACUAGUCAUUAUGCGAGUUGUUUUCCAGAGACUUCUGAUGAUCCAGCCUUCUGUCAUUAAUAAUGUAGAUGUUAUUAAUUCACUUUCUCAGUUGACUGAGCAUCCAUCCUGAUUACGUGUUAACAUUUGUACUACUUUUAAACCACUCAUCGGAUGAAUAAAAGAUGCACGAUGAGCAGGUUUUGUAUUCUGUAGUUCAGCUGAAAUGUUAAACUGCCUAAAAUAACAUGAAAUAUUUUCAUGUAGCUCAAAAAUAAUCAAAUCGAAUCAAAUAUCUGCAGUCCACUGAUUUUUGUUUCGGUAGAAUAAGAAUUAGGCAGAGUGGAUAUUUGGCCAUAGAGGAAGCCAAUAUUCAAUGUGUUUUAGUCUUUCCUCAAAGAGAAUAAUUUAUAAGCUGCUUUCUACUGUUCUGUGAAACUUAAGAGAGGUUUGCGUGCUCUCAGGAGGAGAGCAUUGAAGAUAUGGAAGCCAUCGUUUCAUAACCAGGAAAAUGAAACGGCAAUAGAUAGGAAUGGAGACAUAAGGUCAUUUUUUCCAUGGACUCUUUGCGAAAGGCUAUUUAAGUUCACUUCAGAGUCUGUGCAUAACAGAGGGGCCGGUUGCAGUUUCAUAAACACUCACUGGUGAAUUCAUAACAAUGACGUUCGGGUGAACAGCUCAAAAAUGCUUCAUUUGGAGGCGAUGUUUAAGAAUGAGACAGAAUCUAAUCAAAGAUCUAACUUGGCAUCCGAGCUUGAGUGGUGAAAAGAAAGAGCUCCGCUGCCCUUUCCACCCAUGCCCCAGAAUGGUGACCCACAUAUUUGCUCACACUGCCUUAGGUAAUUGCAUCUUUUUUUUCCCUGAGCAGCAGCAGCAGGCAAUAACAGGCUUGGAGUAACUGUGAUUCAUUUGGAAUUGUUGAAAGAAUAUAAUUAUAAGAAAAUUUGAGAGUGGAUCUACCUGGUGAAAGGAUGUUUGUUUUAUGGGACUGCUUUCUCAUUGAAAGGAUGCGACCAUCCACAUUCACCACACACUCCGUGCUGUGUGGUGAAUGUGUAAUUACAAGGCACUUUUGACUAAAGUGUUACCAAAAAGUAAACGUGGAAUAUAUGAAGAAGAAAAUCUACAUAAAAUAUGCAGGUUGACUAAUGGUUGACUAGGUUGAUGGCUGUGAGUUGUGAAUUAGUAGCUGCGAGGUUGAUGUGAACUAGGAUUCAUGUUCUUAGCUGAUUAGCUGAUUAUUCAACAGGUGCAUUAACAGGUGCAGUUAGGAAAACAGGGUAAAAGAACAGUUUUUUCCCCCCCACAGGUGUGGAUGUGUUAAACUGCUCUGAGUAGAGUGGGGUUCAGCUGUUGCCUGGGGCAGGAUUAGUGUGGAGCUUCUGUCUGGUAGUGAUGGGCAAAGCUUGUGGGAAAACUCUCCCGAGAAGGGACAUAAUGAAUUGUUUCUUUACUGUUUUCCUUUUUUCAUUUCAUGCAUUUGAAUGAGCUCUAAGGCUUUAGCCGUGGUGCUCCAUCUAUACUCAAUUACACGGUGUGAAAAGUCAUUUAGCAUCACCUCCGGAUGUGAUUUUUCUUCCUUCUGUGAGACAGAGCUCACUAUUUUGAAGCAUUAAGCCACAUAUGUCUUGAAAUUCUUUUCAUUUGUUCUUCUUUAACAAGUGGCGUUGAGGUAAAUCGUUUGUAGCCUGUAGCUGAGCCCACACUAACAAAUUUCUGCUAAAACGAAAGCAACUGUUGCACACUGAUAACAUGGUGGUGUAGGUCGACACAGCAGAAAAGUGUCAAUGAUGAUGUCUUUAAAAAAAUAGCAACAGAAAGCUACUGUCCCGUCUUACUGCAGUGUUAUUUUCAUUUGAGUCAGAAAAUAAACUUACUCGUGUUGCAUCAAGUCACUGUGUGCCACACCGAGCACACAGUCCAUAUAAAGAAAUUUAAAAUUAGGUGAAAACUCCUGUAGCAACCCAAGCAAGUGACCAUAGUUUAUCAUAGUUUAAGAAAGAUGAUACAUGAAAAUAUUGACACAGGGCUGAUCAGAAAGACUAGUGUAUUUAGAGGUAUAUUUUACUUUAUUUUACAGUAGAAAAAUAUUAAUUAUGGAAGCAAUAAAUGUUAGUAUAUUGGCAAUGCAGUGGCUUAUAAUAUACACUUUAUUAGGUACACUUUUCUAGUACUGGAUUGGACCCCUUUUACCUUCAGAACACUUUAAUUCUUCAAUAAACUGCGGGAAACCUUCCUCAGAGAUUUUGCUCCAUAUUGACAUGAUAGCAUCUCACUGCAGAUUGUAGGCUACACAUUCAUGAUGCGAAUCUCUCGUUACAUCACCUCCCAAAGGUCAUUUGAGUUCAGUGAACUCAUUGCGACGAUCAAUAAACCAGUUUCAGUUGAUUUGAGCUUUGCCACAUGGUGCAUUACCCUGCUUGAAAAAGCCAUGAAAAAGAUGGGUGCACUGUGGUCAUAAAUGGAUGAACAAUACUCGGGUCGGCUGUGGUGUUUGAACAAUCCUCAAAUGGUACUAUGGGGUCCCAGCGUUUCAUUUUGUUUAAGCCAAAUUCGGACCCUAAAGUCAAGAUAUUGCAGCAGAAAUUGAGACUCGUCAGACUAGGCAUGUUUUGCUCAGUGUGGUGAGUCUGUGUGAAUUUUAGUCUCAGUUUCUUGUUCUUAGCUGGCAGUGAUGGGACGCUGUGUGAUCUUCUGCUGCUAUAGCCCAUAUAUUCAAUGUUGGAUCUGUUCAGAGAUGCCCUUCUGCACUCCUUGGUUGUGAUGAGUGGUUGUUUUGAGUUAUGCUGCCUUCCUAUCGGCUUGAGUAGCUUGGGCCCUUCUCCUGUAACCUCUGGCAUCAACAGGGCAUUUACCCCCAGAGAACCGCUGCUCUCUGGAGACUUCCCUUUUUCAGAUCAUUCUCUAUAAACCCUAAAGAUGGUUUUGUGGAAAAAUCCCUGUAGAUCAGCAAUUUCUGAAAUACUCAGAGCAACCUCUCUGGCCCACUUAAAUCAAAUUUCUUUUUCAUUCUGACGAUCGGUUUGACUUUAGCGGAUCAUCAUCAGACUAUGUUUUCAUGCCCAGUUUUAGUCAUGUGAUUGGCUGAUUAGAUAUUUGCACUAAAGAGCAGUUUCAGCAUGUGUACUUACAGUAUUAAACUGUGUAGAUUUUGGCACAUAUACUGUAAAAUUAACAGUGACAUGCUGGAAAACCUUGAUGCCAGUAUUAAACUUUAGGUUAACAUGUACAUUUAUUGCGUAGCAGUCCUGAAGCUUGUAUCUCAUCUGUUGUUGUGGGUUGAGAGUGAGUUAAAACUGCUGUAAGGAGAAAUCAAAGCAUGCAGCCAGCAAGGUUGCUUUGGCACUUUAUUAAUAGUCAACAGUGUAACAAAUGACUUCCUGAGUUAUGUAUGAGAAAUCUUGUCGACCAGAAGAAAAAUGGAAACCGGCAGCUUGAUGGGCAUAGCUGGGAGAAAGUAGACACUACACAUUGUUACCAUGGGAACACAGAGUGAACAGCAGUGCCACCGUCUAAUUAAUGAAAGUCAGUGCUUCAGCAGAGGGCCGCAAUGACAUCAUCAAUACCAGCAGCACAGAUGUAGCGAGAGGCAAUAUGGCUUAAUGUCUGAGUAAUUAUACAAAUAGUCACUUUUCACUGAUGAAGCUGGAAGCAGUCUGGAAAAAGGUGCAGCAUGUAAAGAACGCAAUGAUGUGACUUCAUUAUGGAGUGACGCCUGCUUAUGAGCACUAAAUGUCAUCUCAUUAUCCAAUAGCAUGACCUACAUAAAAAGAGCGCCACUAAUCUCUAUGUAGUCGGAUGGUGAAUAAUGCAGUAAAAUGUGGGAGAUCUUUAUGAAUCUUAGAUCUUGUUGGUUGCUGGCAAGGUAACAAUGGACUUCAGAAUGUUUCUAUACAAUCAGUCUGGCAUCCUGUACUAUCUGCUCAAUGAUUUGGUACUGUAAUGUGUGUGUAGUGUGCAUGGAGUAUGCUAUAGAAAUAAGAACACAACACAGAUCUUUAGUUGCUUUCAGUUAUUUGAAAGUCUUUCAUUUGCUGACUUAUUUAUUCAUUUAAUACACAGCAGGUGUCAGGAGUUUCUGUGUUAACAUGUCAUUAAAUAUGUAAAUAGCGGUCAUCACUUUAUAUGAGAGUUAACAAUGCAAACAGGACUGCAGUAUAGCACAGCAGUGCUCAGAGCUAAACGCUACUGUCAGCAUAUGUUUAACUGACUUUAAUAUGUUAGCGUGCUACCAUUUGCUAAUUAGCACUAAAUUCAGCACAUUUGAGAAUUACAUGAGAAAAGCCAUUUUGGCCCAGUUUUGCAAUAUAUUGAAAACAUACUAUUGCAGUUUACUCUGAGAAUCUUCAGAAGACUAAAUCUAUAUAUAAUUAGGUCAAGGGCUCACCAAAGUCACUAAGAAACAUUUCUGGGAAUCAUUACCCAGUCAAGACAAACAACCGCCAGACCUGAUUGACCAGCACUGUCAUCCUUAAAACUAAGCCACUACACACAGCAGUGGUGGUAAUUAGGUCAGAGCGCCACAUCCUUGUUAGAUUUGCUCUAUCAGCCCAAAGAACAUUAUUCGUUUGGCACCAACACUACUCAUCCAUGGAGGGGCACAUUUGGAAGUAUUUGUGCUCUAAAAUGUUUUGGCGAGAGCUUCAGAACUUACAGUGUCAGACCUUUGAAAAAGACAGUCCCAGUGCUGUGUAUGCAUUACUGAAGCUUGAGGAAAAAAUUAAUGGAGCAUUAAGAGACAAAGCAAGCAUGUACUUAACGGGAGUUAGGUGGUGGAGGAAUCCUAAAGUGAAGCACUCUGUUUAGGAAAGAAAAGUACUCACUGACUUUGGAUCUUUUUUUUCUGAUACCUUUUAGGGCAUCACAAUUUCAGAGUUGACAGAUGGGUAAAUCUGAGUGUACCUUAUGCAGUUUAUUAACUUCAUUUUGCUUAAUUUCUGGAUGGAGUUUGUAGAUUUUUACCAAUCAUAACCCCAUGAAGCCUCUGAAUACCUCUGUGUGGUCUAAUUGUAGGUUGUUUGAACUCCUCGUGACUGAUUUAUCCUCCAGGACUUCUGUCUGUUUCAUUCACCAGCUCAUAUGAGAGAAGUGUCUUUUACAGGUCUGAUCACAGUAUAAGCAAACCUAUAUUUUUGCAAUCUAGUUUCUAGAGGCAUAUUUACAGUUGAUGCUUGAAGCUGACUCUUAAUAAUUAUUUACUAUUAUUCAUGCUUUUAGUCUGAAGUGCAUCGGUUUGCUUCUUACUGUUGCCAGACUGUAAGUGAAAGUACAUUUUAUUCUAGUACUUUUGUGAAAGUGACUUAAGCCUCCAGAAACCAUCAAAAUUAUCUGCAGUAACAAACCUUUCAUUCUUACUUUCGCUCGCUUUCUUUCGUUCUUGAGCAGGCUGAAAUUGCACGCGUAUAGUUUAGUUUUCCGUUUUUGGUUUGCGUUAGCACACAGCGCAUUUUGCAUAGUUUCUUUGUUUAAGUUGAGCCAUCGCAAACAUGUAAAUCGUGCUGUUUCUUCUUUGAGAUGGCUGCAUUAACGAUAGCUUCCUCGGGAUACAUUAACAAUACAUUAUUCUUGCUAUGUUUUCUUCUAUUUUUCUUUUUUCAACUUGUCAGCAAUUCCUUUUCCCCCCCAAGGUUGAAUUAGGUCACAUUAGCUGUGCUGCAUGCUCUACGACUUGAUCGGCUACAUUUCUUCAAUAUAAAUAAAUCCAUUAAUUACAACAGGUAGUGACUAAAAUUUAAGGACAGUUCACCUCUUCCCAGCCCUACCUACCAGAUUUGUCAUCUACCUGACUUUCAAGUUUCUCAGUCGUGACAGAAACUAGAGCAACCAGUGUGAUCACACUAUGGGAGUAACACAGAAAGGGACAGCACUGAAUGCAACACUGAAUUUGCUCAGUGCAGUAUGGGGGUGUCAGAGGUGCACUGUGCCCUCCACUUUGUUGGAUGCACUGUUACAAACUUUAGUUUUAAGUAAUGCAGACCUGUCAAACUAAGCUGUUCCUUCUGCUGUGUUUUAUUUGUAUUUUAUUUUUUUAAAAUAGUAUAUCUUUUUAUUCAUAGAAGAUACUUAGGAGUUCUGCAGAUAUCCCAGCAGUUCUGCAGUCACUUUCAUAAGUGCAGGACUGAGGAUGUUGCACAAACUACACAGAUGUUAGGUGUGCAAGACGUGUGUAAAACUGUGUAGCUGCAGUGGUGCAGCCACUAUCAGGAGUGGUAAUACAAGGCUUUUAGUUUCAAGGUUGGUUAGCGCUGACAAAUCACAGCGGAGUCAUGCCAACGAUGCAAGAGUCAGUUAAGAAGGUUCAAUCACCUGAUGGAGGAUGUUUAUGUCUCCAGAGAGGCUUCAUGUAUAACUUGGCUGGCAGAACUGGCAUCAUCCUGGUACCACCUCAUGAGCCAGUCACUGAAAUUGGGACUACUACAACAGCUGCAGGCUGCAUCAGCUGUGUGGAAAAUGUGACUCAUUACAUUAAGAUGGUCAUUGAGACAAGUGGUCUGCAUAUCUACCGUGGCCUCAAAUGUGCGUCUGGAGUUCAGGGACAUCUGGAGAGAAAUUCAAAUCAUAAAACAUCACGACGACCGGCCGAGCCAGAAACAGACGCUUUGACUUUGAAAUUAUGUGUCCAUGGUUUUUUUUUUUUUAAAUUCCAAAUACUUUUUCCCUGUCUGGGUUAAAACAUUGAUUUUCUUUUGUUGUCACCUUAGCAAUAAAACCUGUAUGCUUUAAAAGCAAUGCUGGGAAAAAAGGACCCAGAAGGACCCACAAAAUAUAGAAAACAAAGUAAAGAUUUUCAUGUCAUCUGUUCAGAUUAUUUUACUGAAACUGUUCUCUCCUCAAAUUUUUAAUAUUUUCUUGCAUUUUACAAGUUGCUCUGUUUUAUUGAUUUAAAUGGAUUUAGCAAAACCUCUUCAAAGUACACGCUGGCACUCACAGGUCAACACUCACACUCUUCAUUAUGAAAAGCUCAAUUUUUCUAAUUAAGAACAUGCACUUAAAGCUCUCUGAUGUCAAAGGCUAACUUGUCAAAGCAGUUGACACUCACUCUCUAAUGAGAUGAGGCACAACAGGUGACAACGUUGAUUCUCUUGUGCUCUGUGCUCUUUAUUCACACGAGAACUGGCCUUGAUUACAAGAUCUGCCAUUAAAGAAACAUAUUUAUGUAACCCAAAGUAUUUUAAAUAAGAAGGAAAGGAUAGCACAUCAGUGCAAUCAAAGAUGUGGCUAUUUCCUACUGAAAAGUUUUUUUUUUUUUUUGUUAUUAUUUUACUUAACAUUGUCUAAAUAAUCCAAAAUAUGGUCUCCUCAGUUGUUUGUGAGUAAGCAAGCCUCACAUGCAGUUAAUAAUGUAAACCAUCUAUGUUGCUAACAAGUACAGUAGAGCUUGAUAUUUGGGAAAGUAUAAGUGUAAAAAGAGUCUCACAUUUACACAUUUGGCACCUAAUUGUUCACGAUUACUGUUUUUAAGAUUAUGGUCUUUAAAGAUCUUAAAGAUCUUUAAAAAUUAAAGGUGCAUUCAGAAAUGUCAUAGGGAAACAAAAUAACUAAUUAGUCUACCUACCAUUAAGUUAUUAGAAAUCAUUUAUCAAGUAAUGAGGGCUAUAAUCAGUAGCAGUGAAAUCGUGGCUUUAGCCACAUAGACUAAGUGGCAUCUCCAUACAAAAGCCAUCCAUACAUGUCAUGUUAAUAAAAUUUAGGACUUGGUUAAAAUGGCUGGUGUACUGAUAGGCUUUGUCCAAAUAGUACAAUUAGAUAAACUACUGAUAUGACUGUGACAGUCAUAUAGGCGUACUACAGUAAAACCUCUGCCUCAUUUUUUAACGCUCCAAAUAAUUUCUCCAUGUAAAUGCUCUCUUUGGUUCUUUUAACAUUCUCGACAUGCCCACAUCUGUAGCUGCUUGUGAAGCCACUUGACAGACACAAAAUACUUGGAGGCUGUCCAUCAUUAAAGCUUGAAAUUAGUCAUGUAGACUGCUGACCCACAUUUGGGACUUCAGCUGAGGAGAGAAGGGAACCAGGAAGUUAAAAAAAAAACACACACAUAGGAAGUGUAUGGGGAAGUACUUGGGGGGCAAAACAAAAGUCUACAGCGUCUUGUUUUGGUUAUACAUUGAGGUGUUGUCAUCUUUCUGUAUGGCCUGCCUCCCUUCACCCUGCAGAUUUAAAUAAAUGGUUUAUAAACUUAUAAACAGGGUCAGACAGGCUAAUCUGCUCUGUGUUGCUGGCAGGGAGGAGGCACCGUUCACCACCUCCUCCUGCCCAUGUGAUUUGCCUUAAUAUAUCAGCAGUACCUUUAAGGUCAAUUUGCAGCAUGCCAUCACCCCCUCCUAUAGACUCCUUCUUGUGAAUGUAAAACUAUAUCUUAGUAGAUUAAAGGUUAGGCUCCUAUGGCCAAGUCUCGGUAGGCUUCACAGUUUCAAACAGUCGGAAAACUGCGGUGCAAAAGCCACAUUACAAAUCUACUCUUCUUUGCAUUGCUCUAAUGACAUUUUAGUGGGUUGUUAUUAUUCAUUAAGCACGUGUUAAAGAUUGCAAUCUGCCCCCUUCCUUCCCGGUCACAAGCGCAGGUUUCUUUCGGUUGUGUUGCACAGCAUUGCUGCUUAUGCUGCUGCUGCCUUCGUUACCCGAGUAUUGAGCUACCAGCUGACCUACUUUCUCUGCUCUCAGCCACUCGGUCCUGUUUACAAGCCGCUGCCAGCGGAGGAUGUGGAGUACAGACCCUGGAAAAGAGAGAGAGAGAGAGAAAGACCGCAACUACAGAAAAAAAAGCCACGAAUCAGAAAUUUGGUCCUCUGUUGUUGAUAAAUUAGGACUGUCAAAGCCGCAGAGAGCUCACCGGCGAUUAAUAACAGCACGUUAUUAACUUAAGGCGCUGUUAUGCAAUUUAACGCUUUCAGCGCUCUUGCUUGGUUAGUCAGAGGCUGCUGAUUGCGCUCGGCUGCUAUGCUGUAGUUUUUACAUUUUUUUUCUUUUAAAAAUGACUAGUUUGGUUAAAGUUAAGUGUGGAUUCGGAUUUCUGCUGGAGACCUGUUUUCAAGGAUUUGGCUUUUCGUUAAUUGAACUGAGGAGGUGGUGGACAACGGGACCGUGCUAAGUUUUUCUAAAAGAGCGUUCAGACAAGGACGGCGCGAAUGGGACUUAAAAGACUUCAGGAAGGGCCUGGUUGGCAGAAGGAGUGAGUAUGGACAACCUUUCUGAUUUCGGAGGCCCCUGUCCGUCUGGCCGCAGGGAAUGGGACACCAAUAGCUGCAUGGACGAUUUAAUGGAUGAAGAUGAGAAGGACAGGGCAAAAAGGGCAUCCCGUAACAAAUCAGAAAAGAAAAGAAGAGACCAAUUCAAUGUGCUCAUCAAAGAGCUGUGCACCAUGCUGCAGGGUCAGGGCCAUCCGCGCAAGAUGGACAAGUCCACCAUAUUGCAGAGGACCAUCGACUUUUUGCAGAAACAGAAAGACAUCACUGCACAGAACGACACCUGCGAUGUGAGGCAGGACUGGAAGCCUUCGUUUCUCAGUAAUGAGGAGUUCACUCAGCUAAUGCUGGAGGCCCUAGAUGGUUUCUUGGUUGCAUUAACUACAGAUGGUAACAUCAUAUACGUGUCUGACAGUGUUUCCUCACUUAUUGGCCAUUUACCGUCAGAUAUGGUGGACCAAAAUAUCUUGAAUUUCCUCCCGGAGCGGGAGCACGGGGAGGUGUAUAAGCUGCUAUCAUCCCACAUGCUGAUGACUGACCCCAUUGCUGCUGACUUCCUUGACAGUGAGGCACACAUUGAAUUUUGCUGUCAUCUAGCUAGAGGUAACAUGAACCCAAAAGAGCCACCUGUAUACGAGUAUGUCAAGUUUGUUGGAGAUUUUAAGUUUCACAACCAUGUGCCUACGUCGUCUUGUAAUGGGCUCGAGUUGACGUUACCAAGGAGUCUGCAGUCGUCUCUGGAGGAGCAGGUCUGCCUCAUUGCUACCGUGCGAUUAGUCACUCCGCAGUUUCUGAAGGACUUGUGUAACGUGGAAGAUCCCUGUGAUGAAUUCACCUCCAGACACAGCCUUGAAUGGAAGUUUCUGUUUUUAGAUCACAGAGCCUCGCCAAUCAUAGGCUAUUUACCCUUCGAGGUUCUUGGAACUUCUGGCUACGAUUACUAUCAUGUGGAUGACUUAGAGCUCAUAGCCCAAUGUCACAAGCAAUUAAUGCAGUUUGGAAAAGGUAAAUCCUGCUAUUAUCGAUUCCUGACCAAAGGUCAGCAGUGGAUUUGGUUGCAGACUCACUACUACAUUACUUACCACCAGUGGAACUCCAAACCUGAGUUCAUUGUCUGCACUCACACUGUUGUCAGCUAUGCUGAAGUGCGAGCUGAAAGAAGGAGAGCGUUUGGCCUUGAAGAUCUGUCGCCACCUGAGAUAGCCCCAUCCUCUGUGAAGGCUCAAGAGCUCUACCUGGACAUCUGCUCCACACUGGACGCUCCACGGGACAGAAACAGCGGUGCACGUUCGGUGUCCUCCCACAGCUCCCGGAAGUCCUCCCACACAGCGCUGUCAGACUCUGCAUCAGCAAACUCUUACACAGAAGCCUGCACACCAUCGUGGCAGUCUGCUUCCAUUGGGCCUGAAAAAACAUCUGCCAGAUUCCAGCCAAGCAGUUCAAAGAAUUUGGCACAAAGACAAAAUUCCUUUGACCUUGUUUCCCCAAUGAGCGUCCCCCUUUCUCCUACCUGCAGCAAGCACUCCGCAAUGCAACAGCAACCACAGCAGCAGCAGCAACAGCAGCAGUCCUCCAUGUAUCAGCUGCAGCAGCCGCAGCUCGGUGUCAUGAACCAGCUGAAGGAACAGCUGGAAGAGAGGACGCGCAUUCUGCAAGCUGACAUUAAGACACAACAGCAGGAGCUGCACGACAUUAAGGAGAAGCUUCAUCUUGCUAACCUACAGAUGUUGUUACAGCAGCCUAUCAACAAUGACUUUAGUCAGGCCCAGCAGCAGCCUCAGCAGCAACAGCAGGGCCCCGGAAGGCCUGCCCAGCAGAGUCAGUCUGGGGUCAUCAGACAGCUGUCGGGCCACCCUAAACCAGUCUGCGGGGCUCACAGCUCAUCCCCACACUCGCUCCUGAGAGAAAACAGCUCACCUUCAACACAGGUCCAGCCGAGGAUUUCCCAGAGUGGGCAGGCUCAGUCAGUGAGUUUGCCAGUGCAGACAAACACGAGUCUGACGAUGCCCUUCUACAGCAACCCCAUGAUGUUCUCUCAGACCAACACGAGGCCUCAGCAAGAUGCAAACCAAAGACACCCAGACAACCAGUUCAGCCAAGAUGGACAACUACGAAUGCUUCUCAACCAACCAAUGCAGACUCUGGUUCCCACCAGCGUCUCCUCGCAGCCUUCCCAGUGCAACAUGGGCAUCUCCCCAUCGAUAUACACCUUGGAGCAGCAGAUCCUCGCCCCCUCGUUCCCCAUGCAACAGGUCAACUGCAAUGCCGUCCUCGUGCCCUCGCCGGUCUUCACGUCUCCGAUAAUGAUCCCACACAACAGCUUCAUCACGCACCAGUCCCAGUCAGCCUACCACUCGCAGCCUCAGACCUCUCAGCACUCCCUGCAGCUCCAGCAACCACAGCAGUUCUUUCAGAUGACUCAAGGACUCGUACACGGUGGAUCUACUCCAGCAUUCUUACACACCACUAAUGUGCCACAGCAAAGCACCGUGGGAUACAUUCAACAGCCACUAGCGCAGCAGCAACAGGCGCCACAGCAACAGAGGCAAUACCAACAUUCCCAAAACCAGACUGGCAGCGUUUCAGAAUAUCGAAACAUGCUGACUCGGUAGCGUUGUGGACUUGACCGUUGUGCUGAGAUCUGCCUCUGUGAGGAGGCCGUGAAGGUGGAAGCACUUUGUGUCAUGUGGGAGUCAAACUCGAUGACAAGUUGGUUAAAAGUGGGGAAAACUGCUUGUUGUGAUCUUUAGAUGUGAAGCUGCCCUUUCCAGAUGAAGCCGGCCUUUUACGUCACUGGCGAGAAACCACAAGCAGAGAUUGCACUGACCCGACGUUGAACAUCGGGGACCCGAAGAAGUGUGAGGUGCUGGGCCUUCAUCUGCAGGCUACGUCGCACUCAGUGGGUCCAUCAGUGAAACUGCUGGGACGAGUGGUUUAUCAAAGCUCUUAAAAAGAAACUUUUUACAUGUUUACACGUGGAACAUUUUUGUCUAACAAAGUUUCCUUUAAGUGUCUGUUCACACUUAGGUACCACCUCCUACUCAAAAGUAGAGUAUUUAUUUUUGCCCAAUAGUUGUUUAUUUCAUUAACUAAUGGUGAGAUUCUCAACACCCCUCCCACUGGUGACAUAACUCGAGUGAAAAUGACAAAUCUCACAAUGGGAUUUGUGUGCAUGAGAACUCUACAUUUCAGUUGGCUCCCAUAUUGUCCCCAAAACAAGGUAUGUUCAUGGUAGGUCACAUGACAGGGGCUUUACGGUGAAACAUGCAGUGGUAAGAUGACCAUCAUAUCAAAAAUCAGGGUUGGUAAAUACUAAGAUGUCACACAUGCUAUAGGACCACGCUCAGAGAGUAAUUCUCCAGUUUUUUAGUAAGGUCUAUCUAGAUUUUUAAAGCCUCAAUCUGGGACUAAAGAAGGGGUGUUGCAGCUAUUGCACCACUUCCUCAAAACGAAUGACAACAGCAGAUAUUUGAAGUUACAAAUUUUUGGUGCUUUUGAUGAGCAGUGCGGGAUGAGUCCUCUUUUGAUAACCAACCUACCGAGUGAGUGGGGGGGGUGGCUUAAAUAAUGUGCCUUCAGCCGUGGUACAUCCAUGGCGCAGUUUGAUGGUUGUGUCUGAUUAUGGCUUUAAAAAUCCAGCUCAGGUCUAUUUGGAAUACAAAGUUAUAUUUUCAUAAGGUUAUAGAUUAUUAUUUUGCUGCAUCAGAGUUAAAUACAAAAGCCUAGAUUUGUAUUGGAUAUAUGACAAAUAUAUAUUGGAAGAUUAAGGUCCCCGGCUGUAAGGAUAGUGUCUCAUUCACAAGUUAUCCAUUUCCUGAAAUCCUAAUGAAAUCAUUUCAUUUUUAUUUAUUACACUUAUAACUGAAACACUACACGGGAAUUUUUUUUUUUUUUUUUUUUUAAACACAUAAGUUUGAAUUGAGUUUUGUCUGUUUGUGUUUGUGCUUUAGACAUUGAAAGGUCAACACUGGUCCUUGUGUCUUGCCCUAUGACAGUUUCACACAGUUCUCCAUUCAUCUGUAUGGACCAGCUGUGGUUUUACAAUACAAAGCAAUGCAGUGUAAGUUGAGUGUAAGCUUGGUGAUUUGAAUACAGGGUGGCAAAGUUUUGGGAUUUUCACCAGAUGACGGUCUGGUCUUAGGAAGCGCACGUUCCAUGGUUAUUACACAAUUAUUAUCGGUUACAUAAUAAACUUCAAUUUUCAAUGUAAAUAUUGGUUUAAAAAAAAGAAAAAAUGGUUCACUUUUAACAAUAAAUAUAAAAAAAACACGCAGGUGAGAUUCUCUAGUCUGCUGUGACAAGGCCAUUGCCAUUAUUAACCAUCACUUGUUAUAUCACGGUAUAACACGACAACGCUGUACCUGCACAGCUGUUUAAAUAUCUUCGAAACAGGGAAAAUUAAUUUAAGACAUAAGACAUUUUCAUUCCAUUUUUGUCUCUUUGAACAUCUGUGAAGGAAAACAAAGUACGCUCCAACCGUGACCACGUGACCCAAUUUAUUAGCAUCUGAAAAAUGCAGACAUGGAAGUACAGCAGCCUCUAUUGCAU